AUGCCUCCAAGUCUUGUCAUGAGUGCCAGCUUCAUCGCUGUCUCAAGACCGCGCCCAGUGAACCAGUUGUCAUAUUUUGUUGGCGCAAACAUCCACAUGCUCUCCUAUGAAAAUUUCCUUCAUUAUAUAUAUUUUGUCAUCUAUCUAUCUAUCUAUCUAUCUAUCUAUCUAUCUAUCUAUCGCAGUCUUUUUAUAUCUAUCUAUCGCAGUCUUUUUAUAGCUAUCUAUCUAUCUCAUUCUAUUCAUAUCUAUCUAUCUAUCUAUCGCAGUCUUUUUAUAUCUAUCUAUCUAUCUCAUUCUAUUCAUAUCUAUCUAUCUAUCUAUCGCAGUCUUUUUAUAUCUAUCUAUCUCAUUCUAUUCAUAUCUAUCUAUCUAUCGCAGUCUUUUUAUAUCUAUCUAUCUAUCUUCUUCUCCAUCUGUCUUCUGAAGUAUAGAUGUAAACUUUACAUAUCAUUUUUUUAUUUUUCCAUCAUUCUCUUUCUUUUUCCACUUUCUUUCUUCAUCACACACCUUUUUUUGUAUUUUUCCUUAUUAUAUUUCUUUUUUUUCACUUUCUUUCUUCAUCACUCACUUUUCUUUUUCUACUUUUCUUUAUUCUCCUUCAUUUUUAAACUAACUUUCUUUAUCACUCACCUUUACAGAGAAAAAAUAGAAAAUCUAUUUUUACUUGUUCUCUUUUUUCAUUUUCUCUCUUCAUCAUUCACCUUUUUUUUCUGCUUUUUCUCCCAAUCGUUUUCUUUCUUUCACUUUCUUCAUCACUCCCUUCCAGUACUUGGUCACUCUCAUUUCUUCUCUUUUCUCUCUUUGUCUACAUGUCUUAUAUUUCUUUUACAAUAUUUACACUCUCCUUCAACUCUCUCUUAUCAUUGUGUUAUUGGUUUUGCUUCCUUUAUUUUUGCCUCAGUAAAAAAAAAGAUUGCCUUUAACAUUCUAUGA